UCUCUUGUCGCUCCGUAGCUGUGUUCCACCGCACGAACCGUCUUGUAAGGAGCGAUCAGAGAGAAACUCUGCAAACAUGUUGGUUUACCAGGAUAUGCUUACAGGUGAUGAGCUUCUCUCGGACUCCUUUCCGUACAAGGAAGUUGAGAAUGGAAUGUUAUGGGAAGUUGAGGGGAAGUGGGUUGUUAAAGGAGCACUUGAUGUAGACAUUGGUGCAAACCCUUCUGCUGAAGGUGGAGAAGACGAGGGUGUUGAUGACCAAGCUGUUAAGGUUGUUGACAUUGUUGAUACAUUCAGACUUCAGGAGCAACCUGCUUUUGACAAGAAGCAGUUUCUUGUUUUCAUUAAGAGGUAUAUUAAGUUGUUGACACCCAAACUUGACGAAGAGAAACAAGAGCUGUUUAAAAAGAACAUUGAGGGAGCAACCAAAUUCCUGCUCUCUAAGCUCAAGGAUCUUCAGUUUUUUGUUGGGGAGAGCAUGCAUGAUGACGCUAGCUUGGUCUUUGCCUACUACAAGGAUGGUGCUGCUGAUCCAACAUUUCUGUACUUUGCUUAUGCUUUGAAGGAGAUCAAGUGCUAAGUGACGUACUUAGUACAAUGUACUCGGUUAUCUACUCCCAAUUUAUCUAGUUUUCCUUUUGCAUUCUGUACUAAGUUAUUUGAGACUCGGUAUUUUGAUUUAAUAGAGAGACCGUUUAUGCUUCA